CCCCAUCCCAAUUAUGUCAUGCAUCGUGGCUUCAAAGUAUCCUGGGCCCUUUUGUAAUUUUGAUACCCCGUUGCCCCCACCGCUUCGGGCAAGGCUUCUUGCUAAUACGUUCCCUCGCCGUAGCAUCUCCUUGUCAGUCCCGCGCUGUGGUGUCUAGCUAGUCAUAUAGACCAUUCACCCUCCGCGCUGAUGGAGCCACAGAGGUUCGCGCUUGCUGCCCGAACGGACGGCUCAGCUCAUUGCUUAAACAUGCAGCCUUGGGUCCAAGUCUUUCCCUUCAUAUACCGACUGUCCUUACCACGUUCCCCUUCCGGCUUUGACUCUACGAGCUUACUUACUCCUCUUUUCUGCCAUCUCAUUUUGAAUCUCGUCUGCUUCCGGCCAUUCCAUGGCAACCAAAGUCAGGAUGAGUUUGUCAUCGUCGUCGUCGUCGUCCUCGCGCAAGUCGCGCAGAACAACUAGCAUCUCCAAUGUCAUGUACACCAACGCAGUCUACUUCCCCAACGAACGCAUAUACCAGGGCGAUACGCCCGCCGCCAUGAACUAUGGCUGCAUCAAUCAUGUAUACUACGCCUUUGCAAACAUUUCGCCCGACGGCGGGGUUUUUCUGAGCGACGAGUGGGCCGAUGCCCGCGCACCGGUUGACGGCGUCCAAGGUGGUCUUGGCUCCCUUAUGCAUUUGAAGCAGAAGCACCCGCACUUGCAGGUCAUCCUCUCCAUCGGCGGCGGUAGCUCAAGCGCCAUCUUUCCCUCGGUGGCUGCCAACACGUUGUAUAGAGACAACUUUGCCAGGUCUGCGAGGGGUCUUGUGGAUGCGUCGGGCCUCGACGGCAUCGACAUCAUGUGGGAGUAUCCGUGUGACUCCGAACAAGGCCACCAUUUCCUCGCCCUCCUUGCUGCGGUUCGCCUACACAUGCCGGAGAGCCAUUACCUUCUCACGGCUGCGCUUCCCGCAGCGAGAGCAGUGCUGCAGUACAUCGACCUCCAGCGGACGGCGGAUUAUCUCGACUACCUCAACCUGAUGGCGUACGACUUUGCCGGCACAUGGACACACAGGAGCGGGCAUCACGCGCAACUGUACGCAAUGAGCAAGGACGAAACUUCGGGUGCCUCGGGAGUUCAGUAUCUGGUUUCACAGGGCUUUCCCUCGCAAAAGAUCCUUCUCGGCAUCCCCCUGUACGGCCGCAGCUUUCUGCAUGCCACCGGACCGGGCCAGAAGUUCAAGGGGGCGGGCGGGAGCAACGGCACUUUCGAGUACAACCAGCUGCCCCGCCGCGGAACGAAGGAGAUUGUGGACAAGAAAUCCAUCGCAGCUCAGUGUGUCGGCGCGGACGGCGGCUUCGUGACGUACGACAACCCCGACACGGUGAAGAUGAAGGCGGCGUUCUGCAAACAAAAGAGCUUGGGAGGGUUAUUCUACUGGAGCGGGCCAGCAGACGCGAAGGACAGCUCACGGAGUCUGAUAGCAACCGGGUUCAGGGCACUGCACAGCUCCUGAUCGGUAUCCCGUCGGGGCGAUCGACAUGGGAUACUCUCGAGACACUUAGCAACAGCCUGCCGUCCUGCGUCGGCAAAUGUCGGCCUGACGGGCCGGCGACCAGCUACAGAAGAUGAACUGCAUUCGCACGGCGCAAGGAGGGGUCGACAGCAUCUGACAGGUCACACAACGCAUUUAGUUUGGGCGGCUCUCGACAUGGAGUUUGGCGUUGUAGCUUGGGGUUGUUGGGGUUUUUUUUUUUCUUUUCUUUUUUGCGGUCGAUCCCGUUGCAUUUUGCAUGGAAGCAUCUCGGAUAGCGUGUGUAGAGAGA